GGGAGGGUCGCUGAUGACUGUCUGCAAACAUGGCUGCCCAGGAUGAACUCAGUAAGUUUCUCUCCGUUAUUUCUGAUCAAAAUUUCCAAAAAUUUUCGUGCCUAUGACUGUUAAACAUACACUGAAUAACAGGUCUGAAUCACUGCGACGACUGUGGAUUUUUUCCUGAAAGGAUAUCUGCAGCUGUAGUUAAAAUUUGCUAUGAAUGAUUGCUAGCUACUGAGCUAUACUGCUAGCUAGAAAGCUAACGUCAGAAGGCCGUUUGCCCAGUCAUGGUCAAAAUGAAACUAUCACGCAGGCUAUAUAUAUAUUUCACAAAUCAAACUUUUAAGGUGCAGAUUUACUCCAGGAUACUUAAGCUCAGUGAUGAUUUGUUCCACGGGAUGUCACAGUCGGUGUCGUCGCGUAGAAAUGAUUUAAUAGGAGGAUAGUGUGUCAUGUAUUGAAGCUAGCUGAGUAGUGAGCCAUGCAGGGAUGAGUUUGCUGCACCAACACAGCAGGAUUAUAGGCCAAAAACUGGAGCAAUAUAAAUUAGGGGACCUUCUCACUUUCCUGCAGAAAAGCCUCAAGUUUUUAUCCCCCCUGGAUGAAGCUGAAGGCUGCAUAGGUUAGAUGUGCUUAUUGUGAGAGAGAGAGAGAGAGAGAGAGAGAGAGAGAGAGAGAGAGAGAGAGAUAGUUCAUUCGAUCAAAUGUACAGACAGUACAAUUUUAGACAAGAAAUUCCCUACUUUUUGGAGAUCAAUGCUAUUUAGCUUAUGUGUACCUACCCUCAUUCCUUCCUAUUCGUUUACCCUUUGCAUGUCUCUAGAAUUUUAGAUUUUCUGAUGUCGCCAAAAAGUAACCAAAGCUCCAAAGUUUAACAUGAAAUACUGAAACACAGACCAUAUAUAUACAUAUAUACAUCCAUACCUAUGUACACAUAUACAUACACAAAUAUGCACUUUACAUAAAUACCUAGAAUACUUCAAAUCUCUCAUUUGUACCAUACCCAUAUACAAUAUACUAAGUGUGGCAAAAUGAAAAUGACUUUUUUUUUUCAACACUUUAUUUGUAAUUUUCAGUUAACAUAUAAAACAAUAAUAUUCUCUGUAUUACAAGUAACCAUAGCAAACAGUCCCGAUAAUAGACAGAGGCAGCUCAAAAAGGAAAAAAAAAAGCAAAUAGACAAACAAAACAAAAAACAGCAAGUGCACUUAAUACUUCUUAUGGAAUUUGUUCAAGGGUAGAUGUAAUGAUUCAGAGUUCCAGUUCCAGACCAGGUAAAUUGUUCACAUAAGUUAUUAGAGAGUCACAGGUUUUGGGGGAUCUGUCGAUGGAUCCGUUAAGGGUACAUCUGAUCUUUUCCAUCUUAAGGUUCUGCAUAACGUCCCUAAUCCAGUGGUGAUGAGAUGGAGGAGUAGCAGCCUUCCAUUUGAAUAAAAUCAAGCAUGUAACUAAUAAGGAGAAGGCAAUGACCCUCUGCAAAUGAACAGGAAGAACAGCUCCCGUAGGAUCAGAAAAAAGAAACUAUAAUCACUUUUCUAAGUAUUUUUCAAUCAUACUCUGCUUUAAUUUACUUUUAAACUGUGCUGUUGUUUUACUUUGUUUAAGUUCACCCCCACAACAAAAAGAGACAUAUACUUUUUAGUGUUGUACAAAAGUCUGGUUGUUUUAGAUUUCGUUCCCCUCUCAGUACAUACCUGCCUUCUCUUCCACCAAACGUUUUCUGUAUGUUACUAGGGAGUAGAUUGUUACUAGCUUUAUACAUUUUCUGUGCAGUUCUAAAUUCAACUAGAUCGGCAAAUUUUAAUACUCUUAAUUUCAGAAACGGUUUAUUAGUAUGAUGGAAGAAUCCUACCUUGAUAACAAUCCUUAUUGCUCUCUUUUGCAUAAUAUAUAUACAUAGAUCAUUGUUGCUUACAGCGAAGAGAGAAGUAUUUGUAAUGAAUUCUAGUCGAAGUGUUGGAUGAUAAGUCUGUAUUCUUUGGGUGUGUCAAACAUACAGGAGAAAUCGAAAGAUUACAGCUGAUCAAAGUAUUAAAUGUCUGUUGUUACAGAUCAACUGGAGCGUGUGUUUCUCCGCCUGGGCCAUGCUGAAACAGAUGACCAGCUACAGGAUAUUAUUUCCAAGUUUCUUCCCCCUGUGCUCCUCAAACUCUCCAGUGUCCAAGAGGGUGUGCGAAAGAAAGUAAGAGCAGUGUUUUCUGUUGGUGUGGGUGCCUAUGGCUCCCACAACAUUUCAUAAAGAUGUGUAUAAUUACCGUAUCAGGUUGCAGAACAUACCCCUCAAUUAUUAGUCAUUUUAAAUCCACAAAACUUUCCUGUAGGGCUGUAGUGUUUUCUUCAUACACCAGUGAAAUAGCUGGAUAACUUUCUAUGGCUCCUCUUCUAGGUAAUGGAGUUGUUGGUCCAUCUCAACAAGAGGAUAAAGAGCCGACCAAAGAUUCAGCUUCCAGUGGAAACUUUGCUGGUACAGUACCAGGAUCCCGCUGCUGCCUCCUUCGUUACGGUAAGGAAAACAUGUAAAAUCAAAACUUGACGCUCCUCAAAUUUAGUUUUUUCUUUUUAAAAGCACCUAUAAAUUAUAUUGUAGAUAAGGACCAGCGUCAUCAAAUGAUGCCAAACCUCUGCUCACAUAAGAUGAACACUACAGCUCAUUUAGAGUGAUAGAUGUAAUAAUAUCAGUGCAGACUUGAUAAGCCUUGAAGCAGAGAAGCUUUCGUCAGUGUGAGCUGGAGCUUUCUAUAUCAGGAGCUUGAGAAAUUUGGAUUGAAUGACAGCCAUUCAGUGUAUUAAAAAUCUUGACCAAAUCAGUUCCAAGGAUGAAAAUAAAUGGCAGUUUGACCUGACAGUACAGUCAUUGUGUGGUCCAGUGGACAGAGUUCUUGUCUUUUGCCUGUAAAAAAGCUAUUGGAAUGUGAUGGCUCAAAGCGGAACCAUCUUAUGAAAUACAGUGUCGAGCAGUUAAUACAUAGAAUAAGAAGAGAAAAAGAUGCUGUUUACAUGUCAGUAACAAGAUAAGAAAAGGCCCCGGUGAAUGGGUCUUAGAUAUUGACUGGUUUUGUGGAGACAAUGUGAUCCAGACUUUUUUAAAUUUCUCUCUUCUUUUUUAUGUUUUGUACCUUUCAGAAAUAAGAAAAAAUGUCUUUUUAAGUAUUGAUUUAGAAAUUUAAGGAAAAGGAAGUUAUCUUUGUGUUAAUGAUUUGCAGAAUUUCACAAUUAUCUACAUCAAAAUGGGCUACCCACGUCUGGAGGUUGGAAAACAAUGUGAAUUGGCCCCCACCCUUCUCACUGCCAUGGAGGGCAAACCACAGCCUCAGCAGGACAGGUGAGGAAAAACACACAUUGACACACCCUAAGAUGCACAAACGUAUUUACUUUAAUCCACAGUUUACUGUUGUCACGGUGCUAGUUCUCACAUCCCUUCGUCUCUCCCCUCUCUUAGCUUGAUGCACCUGCUGAUCCCCACUCUCUACCAUAUGAAGUAUCCUGCAGACACUUCAAAGAUUGCUUCUCCAUUCAACCUAACAGAGAGGCCAAAGACAGUGCAGCUGCUGCUAGAGUUCAUGUUAGAUGUUUUACUAAUGCCUUAUGGGUAAGUUCUGCUUGAGUCUUUUCUAUAACUGUAUAGCUGCGUUAAUGUAAGUGUGUUAGUUGUUAACUUUGACAUAUAACGGCAUUUGAACAAUAAUAUUUUAUUACCUUCAUUUUACCCUCUCAGGUUUGUGCUCAAUGAAUCACCGACUCGCCCCGCUCCCUCCUCCUCCCAGGGAGGCUCUGCAGACGGGACAGUGGGUACAGGUGGUCUCCCUCAGCCCCCCCCAGGGAUGAGUGUCUAUGCUGCCAAGAGGGUGAUUGGAGAAGCCCAGUGGAGUGCUGAGCAGUUGGAGCAGGUGAAAUAGAUAAAUAUAAGGGAAGGGUAUGGGACACAGCUUGUUGGACAGAGCUAGUCUCUAACCUUAAUGCAGAGACUGUUGGAUUUAAUGUCCAGUGAAUUUAGUGUGAUGUUUGUGUUUGAAUUUUGAAUUUUCUUCAUGAUGAUUAAAGGAAACAUGAGAGUAUCAUAAAUCUAUAUGACCAUAUGAUAACAUUUUGUUUUUGUUCUUUGCAGUGCAAGCUGGGCAUAGUGAAGUUCAUCGAAGCCAAGCAGGUCCCAGAGGUGGAGACAGUAGUGCACUUGGUGGUGGCAUCAAGCGACACACGACACAGUGUAGCCACAGCUGCGGAUCUGGAGCUGAAGAGUAAACAGAGGUAUGUGGAGCUUGAAUCAUCUCAGGUUUACAAGUGUGAUAACGAGAACUCAGUGAAGUCUAUAAGGCUUCAGACUAAUUCAGAGCAUUUGCUGUUCAUAUCAAUCAAAAGACUUUUUUUAUAUUUAUAACACUGUUGUAUUUUUAUGAUCUUUCAGCAUCAUUGAUUGGAAUAAUCCCCUCAUCAUCAAUAAGAUGUACAAGGUGUAUCUGGGGGAUGUUCCUUUGAAAACAAAGGUUUGUAAACCCAACAUUUUUUAACAGUGAGUAUCUUUCUAAAUGUUAAGAUGGUAACGCUUCCUCUGUUUCACUUGGAUUAGGGGGGCAACAUGAAGCAAGAACUGAAGCAUGAGCCUGUGAGCACCAGAGUCAAGCUAAAAAUCCUGCCACAUCUUUUACGCUCCCGCCUCGCCGCAGAGUGCUUUCCAGCCAACAUUCAGGUAAGAGCUCCCCUCAUGCGUGUUUUUUUAAUCUUUUUUAAAAGCUGAAUUUUGCGUCACUGUAACUACCCUCCAUUUCUCCACAGGUUGUAUAUGACGGUCUGUUUGGAGCCAGCACAAACAACAAACUGCUGUCUCUCACCUUGCAGUUUGUCCAUCACAUCUGCAUGGUGUAAGAAUGGCGCCAAUUUUCCUUUUUGUUUUUCAGAUAAUUCCAAUCAUCAUUUCGUAGAAUGUUAAAGAUCUGAGUCCAUUCAAAAAAAGAUUUUGGCCGUUUUUGUUUUUCAGAUGUCCUGAUUCCAAUAAACCUCUGGGACUGAUGCUCCUUAACGGUCUCACCAAGCUCAUCAAUGAAUACAAGGAGGUAACACUACCAUUGGCAACACAUUUAUUUAUCUGUAACUUGAACGUUUUACACAGAUUUGACUUACUCUGCCACAUUUGUCAUUCCAGGAUCCAAAGUUACUCUGUGUUGCCUACUCUGCUGUGGGAAAACUGUCAAGGUAUCAUGAAAAAAAAUCUCUUUUUUUCCCUGUUAAACAUGAUAAGCUUUGUGUACUUUUGUAAUUAUGAAUUAAUACCUGUCUGUGUUCCCUUCUCUAGCCGCAUGCCACAGCUCUUCACUAAGGAUAUCGCGCUUGUACAGCAGUUUUUUGAGUCCAUGUGCAAGGUAGGUAGAUCUUUCAGUAAACUGACAUUAUAUGCGGUGAACCCUCAGCAGGAGACAAUAAUGAAUUAAAAAGAAAACUAGUAAUCCUAGUUUGAUGUAUAACAUGUCUUAGCUUCUCUGCCAUAGUAUGCAUUGAUGUGAACCAGGUAUUGACAGUGCCAAUAAUCUUCUUUAGGAGGAGCCUGAUGUCCGCCUUGCUAUCCAGGAGGCUUUGUCUAUGAUGGUUGGGGCUUAUGCUAACCUGCAGGGGGCGCUGCUGAACCUGAUGGAGGCCCUGGUGGCUGCUUACAUAGUAAAGGUGAGUGUACACUGGCAGAAUAGAUCUUAGUUUCAAAAAGGAAAUGAACACUGAAAUUGAACACCUGACUUAUCUGGUCUGAGGUAAACUGAUCACCCUUGAUUGAUUACAUUUUUGGCAGCCGGAGGUGCAAGUUCGCCAGGUGGCUAUGAAGUUUGCCAGCACGGUGUUCGCUCCUGAUCAUGUGCCAUCGAGAUACCUGCUGCUUCUGGCAGCUGGAGACCCGUGAGUUCCAACACCUAGUAAAUUUAAAACUGCACAAAAAAGAGUCAGACUUUGUGUUUAGGUGCUAAUAGUUACCUUCUUGAUGAAUGCAGAGGCUGAAAUUGGAUGUUUUUCUGUUUUCUAGGAGGGAGGAGGUGGCUGGGGAGGCUCAGAGAGUGCUGAGAGCUUUACCCACCAAGAGCUCAGAGAAAGAGGGACCAAAGCCAAUGCCCUCAUUUCCUGAUAUGGUGGCCUAUGUCCAGGAGAAGGUGAGGCUCUGGAGGCUAACACCUUCAUCAUAAGUUGGAUAUUUUUGCUAUGUGAAACAUUUCGGUUCCUUAAUCUCUUUUUAUCUUGUCAGGCGGCUCAGAGGAUCAAGACUCCCGCUAAAUAUAUUGUUGGAACCUCCACUAUUCCUUUCAACCCAUCUGCGUUUGCAGAGGUAAACAUUACGUGAAAAAUGUCCUCAUAUCAUUUUAAUUUUUUCCAGAAAGAAGGUUUGUAAUUUUUCUUGUUUCCUCAGAUCGUGUUGUACCUGAGGAUGUGUUUGGCCCACAGCGCCGGGGCCACGCCCAUGUCCACACGCCUAGCAGACAUGCAGGAUGAUGCACCAGCUAUCGGCCGCUACGUCCAAACACUUCUGAUCUCUGAUCAGCCUGCAGUGUCAAAGGGCUCUGAGGCUAAUCCUGUUCAUGUCUACAUGGAUCUGCUGCAGCAGCUGUUGUCUGCUGUAGGGGGUGAGUGAAUAAAAUCGCUCUUUCCUUAAGGUGUAUUAAACUUUAGGAUCAAAGGUGGAUUUAGUUUAGUGAUACAGGAAAAAGUUUAGAUCUAUACGUUUUUUAAAGACUUUAAUACACUUUAAUAAUGAGGUUACGUUAAACAAUAAAAACUUCUAUUUUGGUCCCUCAACAGGAAUCCCAGUUAUGUACUGUCUGCUGGAAGUGGUCUCUGUGUGCCCAGAAAAACUGGCUCCAAGGUUUACAGAAAAAAUCGACUGGAUUAAAGUGAGUUUUCUUUUCUCCAUUUCAUGUUUUAUAUGUUUGUUUUAAAUCCAGGUGGAAACAACCUUACACUGAUAUUUGCUCCAGUUCAUAUCUGGAACAAAUAUUGACAGCCCGUAACGACGAGUUCAUCCUCUUGGUUGUCCUGUGAUAUUAUAAAACUGUGAGCUAAAUUCACAUUUCCCAGCUGCUCCUGCAUUCAGCUGUUAGAACAGAUGUUUUCUUUUUUUAGAGCCUGAUGAACACGAAUAAGGAGGACAUGAGGGAGCUCGCAGCACAGCUGUAUGCUUUGGUGGUUGCCACCAUGACGGGCAACAAGCUGCAGAUGGCAGUGCAGAACUUAGUCAAAAUCACCAAAGACAACCACGUAUGCACUUUCUUUCUCCUGACUGAUUAUUCAGUUAUUGUUUAGAUAUUUAUUUUACACAUAAGUGAUUUAACCUUGAGGAAAUGUUCAUUGUUUUUUUUUGAUGAACCACAGAGCCCUGAGACUCAGCAUGGCGCCAUCUUGGCUCUCGGUUACAUGGUGGGACGGUACGUGAGCAGGCGGAAAGUAGUCAUUGCCAGUGACUCUAUGCGUGACAUGGAACAGCAGAUGAGUGUCAUUCCCAAAGAAGAUGAUGAACUUGUUGCCAUGGCCACCAAGACGAUUGGUAUGUAGUUAUUUUGCUUUUAGGAUAAUAUUGCUUUCAUUGUUUCCUCACUGUGAACAGUUUCUUUAGUUGAACUCCCUGUAUUGGUCCAUCUUCUCACGUGUAUGUAUAUCUGUGCAGGUUCCUUUCUGGACAGCAGUACUGCUCUGCUGGCUGUUGCAGCGUGCACAGCUCUGGGAGAAAUCGGACGAAAUGGCCCCCUGUUGAUCCCUGCAGACGGCGAGGGCUUCACUAAACUGUCAACAGUAGAAAACCUGCUGGCAAGGAUCCCCUCUGGCAAGGAGAGCUCAAAGGUAUCCUGGUGGUCCACAAAUGGAAAUAGCUACAGUCAUAUAUCACUGAUAAUGGUUUUACUCUGGCCAUGCUGUAUGUUAUUGAUUAUCUCAAUAAUAUUGUUUGUAUUUGUUUUUAAUUUGCGGUCCAGAUGAAGGAGAGAUCAAUACAGACUUUGGGUUACCUACCUGUUGGAGAUGGAGACUUUCCUCACCAGAAGAAGCUGCUGCAGGGUUUGAUGGAUUUUGUAGAGGUAAGAAAUGCUGGUAACUUUGAUGAGGAUGGAAUCAUUGCAGAAACAACAAUAAUUCUUACUGAAAGUGUCCUUGGAUGCACAGAAAAAGCUUGUUUUUCAUAUGGAAACUCUGAGCUAUCUAUGUGUUAUCUCAUAAAUCCAAUACAAAUAAACCUUUGUUUGUACGUUUGUACUGUUAUACUCUUAUUCAUAUGAUCAGACAAGUGGUCACAAAAAGGCUGUGUGAUUUCCUUCCAUCAACCCCGCUUUCCUUAUUUCUUUCUUGUGUUCUUAAUCUUUCUGUUCAGGCUAAGCAGGUAGAGCUGCAGUUUACAGUUGGAGAAGCUGUGACCAGUGCAGCAAUAGGAACCAGUUCUGGAGCUGCCAGAGAUCCAUGGACCUGCACGGAGGACCAGUUCACCCCCCCACAGAGUAAGUACUGCCAGAUGUAAUUGUUGAAUUUCGUUUUGAAGAUUUUGAUCCAGUUCUGCGCUGAAUAGUGAAACGGACUUGGCCUGACGAUGUUAAUAACAGACAAUUAAGUCACUUUUUAGGAUAGUUCUAUAAAGUCAUUUGAUUGACAGGUAUGUGUCCAGGCUGGCCCCUGCAUAAUGACAGUGAUCGAGACGGUGUUAUAAAUGCUCACAGAAGAAAUGUGAUCUAUCUUGCAGCUGUACGUUGCUUUUAGUCAGACUUUAUAUUUGAUAUCUGACUAACGGUAGUAAGGAAUAGAUUGCUUGAGCAUUAAGAUUUACAUUUAAAGAGUCCACUGUUACCUCUUUAUGCCCAAUGAUCCUCAAAACAGAGGAAUUGAUGAUUUUUGCUCCAACUCGGUAACCCUCACACUGCACUUCUCUCACUCUUUUUAGAUGUGAAAAACAAUGAUGUGGUUCCUUGGGUCCUUGACUGCAUUUUGUCCAAGUAUAUACCCAGUCAGAACCCUCAUGUCCGACAGGCAGCCUGCAUAUGGCUACUCUCCCUGGUCAAGAAACUCAGCCAACACAAGGAAAUCACAGUGGGUGUAUUUUACUGUGUGUGUACAUACGUGUACAUUUGAUUUGAAAAUUUGGAGCUUAAGACUUUGCGAUCUUCGUUUUUAAAAUGUCAGAUGUUUAAAGUGUUUUUUAAAGUGUUCAUUUUUCUUUGCCUUUUCUUCAACAGUCCCAUUUAAAGGAGAUCCAGGUGGCCUUCAUCUCUGUUCUCUCAGACCCUGAUGGUAAGAAGAGUUUUGUACCAGCCUGUGUUAUCUAGAUCUAUAGCUGCAGCUUCACAAAACAGCCAUCACUCCAUUUGUCUUGACCAUUCCUGGUCCUUUUUUCAAUCCGUCUCUUUUGUCUUCCAUAGAGUUGAGUCAAGAUGUAGCUUCUAAAGGUCUGGGACUUGUUUAUGAGAUGGGGGGACAGGGUGACCAGCAGGAACUGGUGUCCACCCUGGUGGAAACACUCAUGACAGGGAAAAGGUGAGUGGAUGUUUUUGUUAAAAGAGAGAAAUAUGUUGUGAUGUAGAGUUGCGGGUUGUAACAGCAUUGAGGAGAAGAGUGUUUCAGUGUAUGAAGAUGUAAUAUAAUUUAUGUUUCAUAAAUGUUGCACAGGGUGAAACAUGCUGUUUCAGAGGAUACUGAGGUGUUCCAGGGAGAAGGUCUGGGGAAAACUCCUGAUGGGUAGGUCAAAUGUCACUACUACCGGACAUUUCUCUUGCUGUUGCUGAAGAGAAAAAGGCUUUAAGUGUCUGUUUGUUUCUCUGGGUUGUAUUUCUCUUGCUUACCUGAAUUGCUCUUGGCAGUCAUGGUCUGACCACCUAUAAGGAGCUCUGCUCAUUGGCCAGUGACCUCAACCAACCAGAUCUCGUCUACAAAUUCAUGAACCUGGCCAAUCAUCAUGCCAUGUGGAACUCCCGUAAGGUAUUGUGCCUUUGAAUUCCACUCACCGUCUUUGCUUUUCUUCAAUGUGUGCUUACGUUUCUGCUGUUGAGCUGGAAUGAUCUCACUUCUGAAACUUCUCUGUCGUCCCAGGGUGCAGCUUUUGGUUUCCACAUGAUUGCAGCGAAGGCUGGGGAGCAGCUGGCUCCAUUCCUGCCACAACUUGUGCCCCGUCUGUACCGCUACCAGUUUGACCCAAACCUGAGUAUACGCCAGGCAAUGACCAGCAUCUGGGAUGCACUGGUCACUGACAAGACCCUGGUAAGACCUAUGAAUGAUUUAACGCACUAAACAUAUCUGUACUUCCGUGUGUUUAAAACAAUGCAUGUCAUAAAGGUGUUGUAUCGUGACGAGUAAUGACAUGUUUUGCUCUGAUUCGUUUCAGGUGGACAAGUAUCUCAAUGAGAUUCUGCAGGAUGUGAUUUCAAACUUGACCAGUAACACAUGGAGAGUCCGUGAGUCCAGGUAUGAUAACAAACUGACUGUAAAGCACUUUGUGUAACAUUCUUUUGUAUAAAAAGCGCUUUAUAAAUAAAGUUUGAUUUGAUUUGAACAGUACAUUUCUAAUAAGGCUCUGUAUAGAUUAGACUGUAAAAACUUUAAGAAACUCUUCCCUAAUGGACAAGCCUUAUAAGGAUAAGCUGAAAGUGUCUUCACCUGUUAGACUUUUUAAACUGUUCAUGAGCUUUUCUCUCUAUGGUUAACAUUGUGAGCGCUAUAGUUUUGUUAAUUUCUAAUGUGGUCAACUGUAGGAUCUGUUGUAACUAGAGGAAAAAAAAGUGUAACCUAUUGUGGCCUAAACUGGGAUAUGAUUUCUAUUUCUUGAAGCUGCCUGGCUCUGAAUGAUCUGAUUCGUGGCCGUCAGGCUGACGACCUAAUCGAUCACCUGGCAGAAAUUUGGGAGACGCUUUUCAGAGUCCUUGAUGACAUCAAGGUAAAAAUAACUAUCAGCAUCACUGUAAGCACGAUACAGCAGGUGUUUGGGUUCCUCCUGUGAUGUUACAAUAUGAAUCCCACUGUUUGGUGUUUCAGGAGUCCGUUCGAAAAGCGGCAGACUUAACGUUGAAGACGCUCAGUAAGGUAAAGUUGUGUGUGUAAAAUUCUCCUCGUAUGAUUCUUUUUCAUUGAUGUUGUGUUCUUGUUUACAUCCAGUGUCCUUCUCUUUGUCUCUGUCCAGGUGUGUACUCGUAUGUGUGAGUCGACUGGCUCUGGAGCCCAGAAGACUGUGGCUGUACUGUUACCCACUCUGUUGGAGAAAGGCAUUGUCAGCAAUGUUGCAGAAGUCCGCUCACUAAGGUAACAUUUACUGCCUGUUAUUCAAAUAAAAAGUCAGAUUUUAACUAUUUUGAUUAAAGUUUUUAACUUGUAAACCGGCAGCAUUUCUGAUUUAUUUGUUGGCAGACGGCUGCAGAUUUCUGAUUUGAUGAUUUGGAGUGGGUCUUUUGUUUUUUAUGACUGUCUUUUUAUAGUUCAGUUACAGAUUUUUGUCUCCUGUGUGGAAAUAAAAGUAGUAUCUGAAGGGCCACAGUGCAAGAAAGGGUUUCUAACUUUCCAUCACUUAAGUUCAACACACAUUUAAAAGAGUGAGGACUAAGGCGAUCUUUGUCAUUAGUAAAAUUUCAAGCAGCCUCCUGCUUCAUCUACAACUUGACUCUGCUGUUUGAUCAACAGUUGUGUGUCAGAUUUUGUUUUGUUUGGGGGUGUGCAGACAUUGUUUGUACCUGCGUAUGUUCAACCCCCCGAAAUUUCCUGAAUCUGUAUUUUUAUGCUGAUAGAAAGCUGGAAGUGUGCUCUCUAACAUGUGUUUUCCUUCCUCUUUUUAAAGCUGUUUUGCAACUAUUAUUGUGAAAUAUAAGAACAGACUUGGUCGUGUUAAAAAUCAGUAUUAGUUUUAAAAAGUCAUGUUUAUUCUGGCGGAGCAGUUAGCCUUCAAAGCAUCAGCAUGUUUAACUGUUGUGAUGUAAUUGUAACAUAUAUUUCCACCUCUCCAGACAGUCUCUCGUGGUUUUUAUUUUCAGCUCAAGUUCUGUGAGCUGUCGGGAUGCUAAAUCAAAAUUUAAUUAAACAUAUGGUCGCUUUACAUCUUAAAUUGAUGGAAAUUGAAAUAUAAGGUAUGCCAGCUGCCACAGCAGCAUUUCAUCUGCCUGUGCCUGCCAGGUGGUCCAUAGUUUCUUGCAAAUGACUCCAAUAAUGAGGACUUUAUGAAAAGACUUGAGCUUUAGUAAAUGGAGGAAAUGAACAUAAUCGCUGUUUUCUGUAUGUAAGUCCAAGAAAGUUUUUAAUUAAAUUCCUAUCAAAUGAAUUUCUGUCUGUUUCAUUCCCUUCCAGUAUCCAGACCCUGGUGAAGAUCAGUAAAACUGCUGGUGCCAGACUAAAGCCUCAUGCUGCCCGUUUGAUCCCAGCUCUUCUGGAGGCUCUCAGCACCCUGGAACCUCAGGUCCUCAACUACCUCAGUCUCCGAGCCACAGAGCAGGAAAAGGUAGCCUCCGACUCACCUACACUCGAACCAGUGUGCCCUAGUUUUCUUGUGGGUUCGCCUCCGCAGUAUUGUAAGUUCAAAUGUGUUUCUGCCUGUCUAGAGUGCCAUGGAUGCUGCCAGGCUGAGCGCUGCCAAAUCCUCUCCGAUGAUGGAGACAAUAAAUAUGGUGAGGAGAAAACAAAUUCUGGUUUUAUUCUCUGUGUUUAUUUCUGUUUCAUGGAGAGAAAAAAUGUAAGUUUUCAGUAUGAAAAUACGACAGGUCAGGCCAUGAGGUCUUCAGCGUAAAGAUAUGUUGUAUGUUGUGUUGUGCACAGUGUCUGCAGCACCUUGAUGUUUCUGUGCUGGGAGAGCUGGUUCCCAGACUCAGUGAGCUGCUGAAGAGCGGAGUAGGCUUGGGCACAAAGGUAAACACUUUUUAACACAAUCAUUCUUGGUCUGUAAAGAUGUUUUUUUGACAGUAAAAGUAACUCAAUCCACUCUGUCCUUUUUGUCUCAGGGUGGCUGCGCUAGUGUUAUUGUUUCACUGACGGUGCAGUGUCCUCAAGACCUAACCCCGUACUCAGGUAAUGCAAAACGAUGUCCUUCUCUUUCUGUUGAAUUUUUAAUGCACUCUUUUCAUGAAAGAGAUGUUUUUUUGUGUUGCAGGUAAACUGAUGAGCGCAUUGCUCAGUGGUAUCCAUGACAGAAGCAGUGUAGUACAGAAACAGUAUGCAUUUGCUUUGGGACAUUUAGUCAGGGUAAGCACUAAAUCUCAUUAGCAGUCCUACACCAGUAAUCACACUACAGAUUUUUCUUAAUGACUCGGAAAGCACGGUUUGUUUAUUUUUGCGCGCUUGUUUUCCCUCAGACAGCGAAAGACAGCAGUGUAGAGAAACUACUACUGAAGCUGAACAGCUGGUACCUCGAGAAAGAAGGUAAAACAGCAUAAAAUCUGUAGUUUUCUCUCUAAGCCUAAAGACCAAAUUACACCUCUCGGACUACAUUCUUCUCUAUUCUCAAAUCUCUCUUCCUAACAGAGCCAGUGUACAAGUCCUCAUGUGCGCUGACUAUGCACGCCAUCAGCCACUAUAGUCCAGAUGUGCUGAAGGGCCACGCUGGAGUGGCUCUUCCUCUGGCCUUCCUGGGUAUGCAUCAAGCUCCGGGUCCUGAUGAGGAGAAAGGAGAGAGCCAUGAUGCGACACUGUUUACUGAGGUGUGGCAGGAGAACGUCCCAGGUGAGAAAACUCAUAUCUUAGGGUGACCAUACUCUGAAUCCCCAAAAAGAGGACACUACUGUGCGGGGCGGAGUCAGGGAGUCACGCAUAGUAGAUUUUGGGAGUCGGGGUGAGCGUAUUUUAUGCGCUUCUAACUCAGUUAGUCCACACGACACAAACUCAAAACUUCCACAUGAAACCCCGGACUUUGAAGGAUCUUAUAAACUCCCCCAGACAAGGCCGGACAAAAAGAGGACAUGUUUGGGUAAAAGAGGACGUAUGACCAACCUACAUAUCUGAAUCAUGGAUUGUAGCAUCCCAAAUGCUAAGGCCAAACAUUUGAAGCUUCCUCUACUAAAUAGUUGUCAUACGGCAGGUCAUGAAGCCCACCUUCACCAUGUUUACAGGUUGGACGCUGGUCAGACAAUAAAAUAAAAUAAAAUAAUUAAAAGGAUUGUUGGUGUUUUAUCAAUUAGUUAAACGCAUUUUAGUUAGCAAUAUGAGCAUAGCUUUAUAACCAGUGAUCCACUAGCCUGUCCUAAACAGACUCUAGCUUCAAAUGUCUUCAUAUGAUCCGUUUUUUUAGUAGUGCAACAGGUCAUAGGUGGUCUGUGAUACAUUCAGACUGCAGAAAAUUUAUCAUCAACUAUAAAAGUCGCUACUGGCUUUUACUGUUUUCUCUAAAAAGAACUCGCCUCUGCUUCAAAGUAAUACAAGCAUGAGUAAGACGCAUGUCUGUCUUUCUAAGGCCUAGACAAGCACAGGCAUAUUGAUGCCUGUAUGGUCUGCAUAAAAAAGCUUUAUCAUUCAAGUGUUUAUGAAUAAAAACAGACACUUUGUUAUUUAUUAACACAAUCAUAUAUUGGUCCUCUCUUCCUCUGAGCUGCUGGUCAGAGAAAAAGCAUCACUACACUCAAACACUGCUGUCACAGUGAGAGCAGCAACAAUAACCGACCCAUGACACUGGUGGGACACUGAUACAGGCCAUACCUAGAAGUCGAUUUGAUUCUUGAUUUCGAUUUACCGGUUUCAUUGUGUGUUUGUUUCUUAAUUUGAUGUUAAAGUAAUAUUGUAAAGUAACUUGGCUGAAUAACAUUACUGAGAAGCCCUGUUGUUGAGAUGCUUGAGGCACAUUGUAUAACAUAGUGACUCAAACACUGCUUUAAAAAUGGCCGCUUUUAUUAAAGCAGUGGCUGAGUUAUUUCAUUUGUCAACAAAGUAUAUAGAUAUAUUGAAAACACUCACUUUUUGUUUCUUUGUGAACUUUCUUUGUUGUUCUGCUCAAACUUUCUCAAACUUUUCCUGGACUCCAGGAAGCUUUGGAGGCAUCAGACUCUACAUGACGGAGCUGAUCGCGAUCACGCAGAAGGCGCUGCAAUCCCAGUCCUGGAAGAUGAAGGCUCAGGGUGCAGCUGCCAUGGCAACUGUUGCCAAGGAGCAGACGGGCUCUUUGGUAGCGCCACACCUCGGCAUGGUCCUCACAGCGCUAAUGCAAGGACUGUCUGGACGCACGUGGGCUGGAAAGGUAACAGCGCGCUUGACAGCACUGAAAUAGUGUAACAGAGAAGUUAGUUUUGAUUUGAUCUUCUAAGAUAUUUUUUCUUUUGUUUUUCAGGAAGAGCUGUUGAAGGCCAUCGGCUCGGUUGUCUCCAAAUGCAUGUGAGACUUUUACUGUACUUUUGUUUUGUAAAGCCUGUUUUAUUUUUAAGAAAAAACCCUUUUAAUUGAUUUUCUUUUGCGAUCCGUCGUCUUUCAGCACGGAACUGCAAAAGCCAUGCGCGGGUCAGCCCACAACCUCGGAGGUGCUCGAGGUUGUUCUGAAGGAAUGCCGAAAAGAGAGCCUGGUUUACAAAACGGCAGCUCUGCGCUGUGCAGGGGAUGUGCUUCAAAGCAGCCAGGAGGACCGUUUCAGCAAUCUGGCUGAGAUCCUUUUCCCUCUGAUCAAGAAGGUUUUAACAACUUCCACUCACUUGUAGUUGCAGUGUCAUGAUGAUAACUUGACAGUAUUUUAAGAAGUUAUCGCUCAACCCAUCUCCCUGUUUUUAUCAGAGCUGCCCAUCGAGCGGUGCUGCAUCACCGAGGUCACGGGAUGAUGAUGAUGAUGACCAAGAUACAAAAGAGAAAGAGCUACAGACAGAAGCUCUGCUCUGUGCGUUUGAGAGUCUGGGGAAGGCUUGGCCUAAAAACCCAGAGACUCAGGGUAAGCUACAGCUGCAUGGACCACUUUUCCCAGGCUUUUCUUUUGACAUAAAAUCCAUCUUAAUGUUCAAAACGAUUAGUCCUAGAUUAUAUGAACACCUUCUAGGUUGAAGCGGAGGAUGAUGCUUUUUUCCUUUACCCAGUUUUGGAAUUGAACACCCUGCUGAACUUUAGAUUCCCUCCUGUAAUCACUGCCCAUGUGUCAGACUCUUGUGAACCUUGAACUGUAAUGUCACACCUUUUGUGAAGGUAUUUGUGUACAGCACUGAGACACGGAAUCAACUCUAAGCUAUUUACUACCUCUGCUUCUCUUAGAGAUUGAUUCCCAUUCCACUACUUUCAAACAAAUCUGAAAUAGAAUUAAGAUGUUAUCAUAAUAUAACCUGAAGUAACAGUUUUGAAGGUAAAACUAACUUACUUUCAGAACUGCUGCAAUGUAAAUCACAAUGAUUCGGGUCAAGAAAAGCUGGUGGACUGUUGGAAAAAAGCGAUGAGGCUGUUUCAGAAUAAUAUGAUGACCUCUUCAUGUGUGUCUAUAGCUCGUUUUCAGGUGGAGGUUUGCACUCUAAUGUGUGAGAAGCUGAAGCUGAGCACCUGGAAAGUCCAGCUUGCUGUUCUACAGUCUAUGAAGGCCUAUUACCAGGGGUGAGGACCCGUCAUAAUAGCCAUGCAAAUAUUUUCCUAUACUUUGAAUGAGCUGUAUUUGUUUGGAUUGAUGAUAGAGUGCAUAACAUUUGAAUUUUGUUUUUGUUUUUUUUGGGGGGGGGGUGAUGUAUUUUUUUAGUCUACAAUUAACAUGCACUGUGUUUUCUCUGUAGGUUACUACUUCUAGAGAAAGGCAAUAAAGACUGUGAAGCUUUGUCACAGAUCCUCACAGAGACCUGUGCUGCUCUUACGUAUCCUUUAGGUAAGGGCCUCACAUUUUUGCUGCUCUAUGGUUUCCACUCUGAUUCAUCUUUGAAUGAAACUUACUUGUCUUGUUUUUGUCGACAGAAAAUAGAAGUUACUCCUCUGUGAGGACAGAAGCCUUGUCGGUUGUGGAUCUGAUCGUAAAGAGAACUGGAGGUAUGACGCUUAUUUAAUUUUACUAAGUUAUGCGCUUAAAGGGAGAGGUCCAUGUUUGAAGAUAAAUUUAUAAGUUCUACUUUAAAAGAUGGUAAAUCCUCAUCACUGAAAUACUGUUUUGCAUGUUCGGUGUCAACAGAGAGCGAGCAGUGGGAUUGUGUGUCUGCAAAGAGCCGGGAACAGCUGCAGCGCUCCCUGUCGACGCUGCAGUCAGACACUAGACCUGACCUGAAGGAUAAAGCCCAGGAGCUGCGCAGACACAUCCAAAGCCAACCCUGAGCACACACACACACACACACACAGAGUUCAACAAGACAGUCGGACACAUGUAGUCAUCACCACAGAGUACUAAAAGUUAAAGCAUCAACUUUUCUUUUUCUUAUCUAUCAAUAAUAUUAAACACAUCACAUACACACUCCUCUGUCUGUUUUUGAUUCAGUGGUCUAUCUUUAAGACACAUCUUUACUACUUAUCCAUAAAAUCCUGUGAGCUCUGAAGCUGACUCCAUCAGACUGUCGAGCUGUCAGACUUGUGUUUGUGGCCAACAAUGCUUGACUCUAAAACUCAGAGACGAUAACACACCGUGCUCAGUUGUUACUCCGUGAUUGUGGUGGAGGGCUGGGCUACUAUUGUACUGUGUCAAGUUUUAUUUGGUUCAUUUAAAUGGACAUCAAGAUAAUGAUAAUAAAUACUAUGUAAACCAAUGUGUUGGGUUUGUGGAUGCUAUAUACCUAUAACCCCAAAUGGGGACUUUUACUACUGUUGUGGGUUUGCCUACUCAUGAAUUAAUGUCAGAACAGCAGGUUGCACAUACUGGCAAACAGAUGGGUGAUGAGUCAGCUGUUUGAAGUUGCACUAUCCAGGUUGUGGAUGCUUCUUCACGUUUUAUAGCUGUGGUCGAAUAGUGGUGAGAGGCAUUGAGAUAUGCCACUGUGUGUCUUUGAAACAUAUCUCCUGUUUGCAAGCUGGAUGACGAAGAUGAGAGCUGUAUUGUGAGGUGAUGAUGGUGAAAAUAAAACCCUGCUGUUUAAAGAUGA